AUGCGAUUGUCCCGGGUAAUCGGCGUGGCCGCCGUUUUCUUCUCGGUGGCUGCCGCCUCCAGUCUGCAGGAAUUGGCCGCAGUGAUGCCUAAGUGUGCGCUGGAGUGCUUUCCGACGGCUCUGAAGGCAUCGUCAUGCGCGCCCACGAACCAGACCUGCAUUUGCACAAACCCCAUUCUGACAGAAACACUCACCAAGUGUGUGACGGUUAGCUGCACCAUCCGGGAGUCUUUGACAACAAAGAAUGUCACUUCGCAAGCGUGCCAUGCCCCCAUCCGGGACCGGACGAAGGCUGUGUCCAUCACGGGGGUGGCGGGAGGCGCCAUCGCCCUCCUUGCGUACAUUCUGAGGAUGAUUGCAAGACUGCCGUGCAUGGGCGGUAAAUUGGGCCUGGAUGACUGGACCAUGACGGGAACCAUUAUUUUAUCAUGUAUGCUUACUGCAAUCAGUCCAGUCCUCGCGAAUUACGGCCUGGGUAAAGACAUGUGGACGCUCCCGUUCCAUAACAUUACCAUGAUUCUAUAUGUGAGAUGCCCCAUCCAUCCAGUCGGAACAAGAGCGACCGCCACUGACAAGAACCAGCUAUACUUCUGGGACGAACUGAUCUAUCUCAGCAUUCUGCCCUUGACCAAAAUCUCCAUCCUGUGCUUCUACCUGCGCGUGUUUCCGCGGAAGGAAUUCCGGAUUGCCACCUACGUGGUGAUUGCCCUGAACGUCGGCUAUCUGAUUUCCUUCGUGCUGAUCUCCGUCUUCCAAUGCUCGCCGCUGCGCGGCGCCUGGGAGCACUGGGACGGCUCGGGCGACUACAAGUGCAACAACAUCAACGCGCAGGGCUGGUGCGCCGCGAUCUUCAACAUGAUCCUGGACAUCAUCGUCAUGGCGCUGCCGCUGCGCGAGCUGUACCAGCUCAACCUCUCGAUCCGGAAGAAGCUCUACGUGAUGUGCAUGUUCUCCCUCGGCAUAUUCGUCACGUUGGUUAGCAUCCUCCGAUUGGAGUCGCUGAUCCACUUCGCGUCGACACAAAACCUGACCUGGGAUUACGUCCCAAUCGGCUACUGGAGCACCGUUGAAUGCCAUGUAGGGAUCGUCUGCGCCUGUCUGCCUGCUAUCCGUGCGCUCCUGCGUCGCGUGUCGCCAAGCAUCUUUGGCGACACGGCUGCCACUGGCGGCUCCAGCAGCAGACGCUACGGCUCUCGGUCCCUGGGAAACGGGUCGGGUCUGGAUGGGAAGGUCUCGGUGAGGGUGAAAGGGGGGCACUCGGAUUUCGUCCCGUUGAACAACUUGGACAACUCGAGCCAGGUGAACCUCACGCACCAUACGACCUAG